UGGGUGCCCCAUUCAUCUUCGCUCAACUACUGGUUACUGCGUGUUUCUAGACAAUAAAUUUAAUCUCAUGGAGUGCUGAGAAAAAUCUUGUGUUUCUCACUCCUCCACGUACGGCUCUAACUCCUUUGGAUGGCACGUGUGAUCUAUUGCCCAGUAGUGGCUAGGUCUUCAUCAAUUAUUUAGUGCAAGAGCUAGGUACGUAGCUGAAAAUGGAGGUAACCAAUAGGUACAUCACCAUAAAGACUCAAGUAGACGGAGAUCCGAAAGUAUCCGAUUUUGAGCUCAAAACCUCAAACCUUCCUCUGUCACUUGACCCUGGUUCCAAUGACAUCAUUGUGAAGAAUCUGUACGUAUCAAUCGACCCUUACCAGAUAAACCGAAUGAAAAGUCAGAGCUCCUCACAGAAAGCUACAGCUACGGCAGGUGUCAUCACUCCCGGUGAAGGUAUUGAUGCUUACGGUGUAGCGAAAGUUGUGGCUUCUGGGAACCCUGAGUUUGAGAAGGAUGACUUGAUUGUGGGGUACAUCACUUGGGGAGAGUAUAGUUUUCUUAAAGGAGGAAAUUGCGUGUUGAGGAAAUUUACUCCUAUGGGAUUACCAUUGUCUUACCAAGUUGGAAUUCUAGGUUUAAGUGGACUUACAGCAUAUGCUGGAUUUUUUGAAGUGUGCAAACCGAAGAAGGGGGAGAAAGUUUUUGUCUCUGCAGCUUGUGGAUCAGUUGGGAAUUUGGUUGGACAGUAUGCUAAGCUUUUCGGUUGCUACGUUGUUGGAUGUGCAGGAAGCAAAGAAAAGGUAGCAUUGCUCAAGGAAAAGCUAGGAUUCGAUGAUGCAUUCAACUACAAGGAAGAGCCUGAUUUAAAGUCAGCUCUCCAAAGGUACUUUCCUGAUGGGAUUGACAUCUACUUUGACAAUGUGGGGGCUGAAAUGCUAGAGGCUGCAGUUGCUAACAUGAACACCUUUGGUAGAGUUGUUGCCUGCGGCGUGAUCUCUGAGUACACUGACGCUACGAAGCGAGCUGCACCCAGUAUGAUAGACGUUGUGUACAAGAGAAUUAAAAUCCAAGGAUUUUUGGUAGUUGAUUUCAUGAACGUGUUUUCGGAUUUCCUUUCCACCACAACCGAUCAUCUCCGUACAGGAAAAUUGCAUGCACUUGAAGACAUCUCAAAUGGGUUGGAGAGUCUCCCAUCGGCUUUCAUUGGACUUUUUCGUGGUCACAACACUGGAAAGAAAAUGGUUAAAGUUGCAGAUGAAUGAACAAUAUUACAUGGAGUCACAUUAAUUUUGCUUGAUCUAUAAUUAAAUUGGAAGUGAGCAUUUCUUAUAUAUCCUCCUA